AGUUCAAUUCGUAAGAAAGGGAAAACUAAUCUCUGAUUCCAAACGCCAAUACCAGCUCCAGGAGGAAUAUUCCUCUCUCUCAUAUUUUCUUCCUUUUUUGUUACAAAUCUCUCUGAAAGUUUCAAACACCAAAUUCGAAGUUCGAAAAUUGUCACUAAUUAUUUUAUUUUUUUCUCUUCUGGGAAAUUCUGAUUUCGAAUCUUCAAUCCUGUGAUCCAUGGCUUCUCGUAGGCGCAUGCUUCUGAAGGUCAUUAUCCUCGGUGACAGCGGGGUGGGGAAGACGUCGCUGAUGAAUCAGUAUGUGAAUCGCAAGUUUAGCAAUCAGUACAAGGCGACAAUUGGAGCCGAUUUUCUGACCAAGGAGGUUCAGUUUGAGGAUAGGUUGUUCACGCUGCAGAUUUGGGAUACUGCUGGUCAAGAAAGGUUUCAGAGUCUUGGUGUGGCUUUCUAUCGUGGUGCAGAUUGCUGUGUCCUCGUGUAUGAUGUGAAUGUCAUGAAAUCAUUUGAUAAUCUUAACAACUGGAGGGAAGAAUUUCUGAUUCAGGCCAGUCCAUCUGACCCUGAGAACUUCCCAUUUGUUGUGUUGGGAAACAAGAUUGAUGUUGAUGGCGGAAAUAGUCGAGUGGUGUCUGAAAAGAAAGCAAAGGCCUGGUGCGCUUCCAAGGGAAACAUACCGUACUUUGAGACUUCUGCAAAAGAGGGCUUCAAUGUGGAUGAUGCCUUCCAGUGCAUAGCCAAAAACGCACUGAAGAAUGAACCUGAAGAAGAAAUAUACCUUCCGGACACAAUUGACGUUGCUGGCGGAGGGAGGCAGCAAAGAUCUACUGGCUGUGAAUGUUGAGGAGUUAUCGAGUGGUUUUGCUCUUUGGAUGGCAGAAUGCAGUUCUUGUCAACGGAAUUUGGUGAUUUAAGACUCAGUAAUCUUAAAAGUUGAUGAUUAUAGGGAAUGGUUACAAAGUUUUAUUUGUAUUAGAAGUGAAUGGGAAGAGUCAAUUGUUUACUUUGCAUUGCUUUUGUUUAUAUUUAAUGAUUUUAUUUCCCUUUUAAUUUGUUUAUCUGAACGUGUAGUGGUUCUUUACUUCUUUCA